AUGGCUGCCGUAGGACGAAGGCGGCUGCUAGUGUCGGAUUUCUUUAUGUCUUUCAUGUGGGUUUGGUCCGGCGUGCUUAUCAAGAUUUUUGUGCAUAAAAUAUUGGGCUAUGGCUCCCAUGACUUGAAGGGUGAAAUUCUGACGUAUGGAAUAUACAUUGUCAACAUGUUCUUCUUUGCAUUCUUAGCCAAAGCCACCAAGGGUGGGGCCUACAACCCCCUCACCAUCUUGUCCUCCGCCAUUUCUGGGGAUUUCAGCAAUUUCCUUUUCACCGUCGGGGCCAGAAUUCCUAUCCAGGUCUUGGGGUCUAUUUAUGGGGUUAAGCUCAUUCUCGUGGCAUUUCCUGAAAUAGGACAUGGGCCACGUCUGAAUGUUGAGAUAUCUCGAGGUGCAUUGACUGAAGGUAUUUUGACAUUUGGAAUUGUGAUUAUAUCCCAAGGGCUCUCGAGAAAUAUUCCCGGAAGUUUCUUCAUGAAGACUUGGAUAUCGAGUGUCUCAAAGCUCACUCUUCACAUACUCGGCUCUGAUCUGACUGGAGGAUGCAUGAAUCCAGCCUCUGUAAUGGGGUGGGCUUUUGCACGCGGGAAACAUAUAAGCAAGGAGCAUUUAAUUGUUUACUGGCUUGCUCCUAUGGAGGCAACUUUGGCAGCAGUGUGGGCAUUUAGAGUGAUAGUUCGACCCAAGAAAGAUGAGACGCCAAAGGUGAAGUCCGAAAAAUCUGAUUGA